GCCUCGCGCCUUCUUUCAAACUGAUUGAACCCAGUGAUAUUCCCCUCCUCGCACCGUUCCCUUUGUAUUUCUCGUCCCCCCCUUCAGGUGAGCUCCCGACGCCUGGCAGGCCAUGUAGUCGGACUAUCUCCAGUCCUCCUUUAUAACGCUGAGCGCAGCGCAUAUAAGAGUGGUGAUAGUACUUAACCUCACAGCGUUCAUUACUCUCAACUGGCAUUGAGAUCCUCUUAGCUGCACAGAGGCAACAUUUUUUUUAUAAAUCUAAUAAAAUGGAUUAUAACGUUUCUAACGGCAGGCACAUGAUCGGCCCUUAUCCCGUUGAUAUGGGUCCUAGUCUUCUCUAUCCACAGCACUUCUUGUUUUCGCAGUCCCCCGCUUUCAGCGAUACCUCUCUUCCUCUGGAUGAUUUGUAUCGUUCCCAAUCAGCACCUCCGUGCCUGGAGCAAGGAAACAAUCUUUUCAACUCUCCCCUUUCCAUUCCUCCGUUAUUUCCUAAUUACGACGUGUUCCCACUGGCUCCCUCGGCACAUGGUGGCAUUCAUUCUUCGACAAAGGAACAUAUCCCUCGUCCACCGAAUGCAUUCAUGCUCUACCGUUCACACAUGCUCAAGAGCCGGGGUAACGCUGACCCUGAGAAGCGUCAGCAGAAUCUCAGCCGCAUUGCAGGGCAGCUUUGGAGAGAUAUGAGCAAAGAAGACAGAGCUGUAUGGCAUAAGAAGGCAGCGGAAGUCCAAGCCGCUCAUUAUGCGAAGUAUCCUGGCUACAAAUUCAAGCCCAACCGCAAGAGCGCUAAGUCGGCCAAGACUCUUCAAAGCGGCGGUUAUUAUUUGAAGCCCACUGAACAGCUUUGCACGGAAUCAUCCAUAGGCCCAGUACGACGUGCUCGCUCGACCAGGAUCCGCCCCCAGGGUGUUACGCGUGAGGAUUUCCUUGGUGCUUUAGACACGCAGUUUCCAUCGCCUUUCUCGUCCUCGUCUGGGCUCUCCCCUCUACGUUGUCCACCAUUCAUUCCAGCGUUCUCUUUACCUGAUGGUACAUGUGGUAACGAGCAGCCGAACACCAUUCUGCCUAGUCCUCAGUGUACGAAUGCACUUGGCUUGAAAUUGAAUUCAUCACAGCCUCCUACGCCAGGACUCGCUGAAAUGCUCUCCGAUUUGGCACUUGAUCUCGAUGCUACGCCAACUGCAGCAACUUUCCAACGCAAAGGUGACAUACCAAUGUCGGAUGCUUCUCUGUCCCAAGAUGACAUAUUCCUUGGACUGGAGCAACUUCGUCUUCCCCAUAAUCCAACGGAUUAUGACAUCAAUCGUCUGUCACCGCCACCUCAUGGAUCGGUAGGAUAUCAGCCUUCAGCCCAAGGCUAUUCGUGUUCGGACGCUUUUAGUGGGGCUCCAUCAUGCGCCUCUGAUUCAAUUUUCUCCGAGUUUAGGUACGCUCUUUCAAUGCCACUUGACCAUGAAAGUAACGAGUGGAACAAUACCUCGUGGAUGGUUGACUUGGAUAAGAACUUAAAUAAUUAACGUUUUCUCAUGACCGUCACGUCCCUUUGUAUCCUUACUCUUAAUCGCUGUAUUUCGUAGUAUACCAACGUUUGGCACUGUAUCAAUAGAAGUUUCUUUCAUUCUGAC